AUGAUGCAGGCGGAAUACUACCCAAAACAAAACGUAGUGUCCCUGAAUAUUGAACUGAGUAGCUGGGCCAAGGCGUUCCUUACCGACUUACGAACAUCAAAGAAUCUCCUCAGUUGCACCAAGGCGUCUAUCAUAAUUAAGAAAAAAGAGGAAAUUCGAAAUUUCUAUUUGUAUAAAAUUAAGCUGAGACUACACUAUGACAGUUCCUCCAAUCUUCCUGACGUUUCAGUUGAGGGAGAAAAGUUGAAGGAAAAAUGUUCACCCCUGGAUGAUCCCCCCGGCGGAAAUGAGACGCGAUGUGACUCCCCCCUCCCAUAUGGGAAGGGAAAUUUUUGUAAUACAUACACUAAUACAAAGGGAGGAAAUAAAAACAGUGUGAUUUGUAAUGAGGAAAACGAAGGCAGGACGAAUAGUGGAAAGGAAACAAAUUCUGAGAGAAAUGAUGAAGCGAGUGGGAUGAAUGGGGGAAGAUGCCCUCCACUGUAUACAAAACAGGAGGAUGAAGCCAAAAGGGGCAAGGAAUCCACACCGGUGAGCGUAGGACACCGAAGGGGACACCACCUCAUUGGGAGAAAUAAUCAUACAAAGGAAAACAUACAAGGGAGCGAAAAAAUCUUUACAAACAACCAUUUCGAUAUAGGCCACCUGUUAAGAGAAAAAAAACUUUUUUCGAAAGAUUUCCCCAUCUUUGAAAGGGGCCAUUUUGCGAAGUACCUAUUUUUGCCCUCCUCCUUGUCAAUACAAAGUGCCAAGAUAAAAUCCAUCCAUUUUAUGCUAAAUGAAAAGCUGAGCAUAUGCGUCCUCCUAGACCUAAUCGUAGUCAGAAAAAAAAAUAACUUUAUCCAGUCCAGCAUAAACAAAGAAUUACACGAUAUGCUAAGGAUGCAAAGAAGUAUCCUUCAGUGCAAAUCGUGCAAUGAAGACGUUAUCAUAUGUCGAGGUGUUAAUUUUAUUUUGCCCAACCUGUACUUAAACACGGCUGAUUUCUUGGAGCAUGCGUUUUGCGAAGAAUGUACCACCUUCUCCUUUGAUGGGUUAAAAGAUGUAGACCGAAAUAUUUUCCUCUUCCCCAACUGUUUGUUUUUUCAUUUUAGCUUAAUAAAAGAGAGUUACCUAGCUGUUAAGGCAGAUUCCUUGCACCACUUUCGCUUUUUACUUUUUUGUAAUUUUUGCUACAACUGCCUUGGAUAUUUAGAAAACCAAAGGAACCACACAUAUUCCUAUCACAAAAAUAAAAACAUGAGUGAUAAGCUUAAAGAUGUUUUUCUGGGUUCACUUCACGAGGGGGACCAAGGGCGGUACACACAAUUGGACAGGGCCACUAUGUUGCAGCGCUAUGGCGAUCUUCCACCUAUACACUUUGAUGAAGGGAGAGAAAAUUCGGUCCAUCAUUUAGACGUACCGGAGGACAAACAGCAUACCAGGGAAGAAGCGAACGGUAUACUCCUUUCCGAGGAAAAUUCCCAUGAGGAGAAGCACACAGGGAAGAAGGACAUCAAAAACGAGAACAACGAUUGUCUCACAGCAGGUCACAGUGGAGAACGCCCCAACCCCUGCGGAGAGAUCACCCCCAAGGUGUACCUCCUUAAACACAAAAUAAUGAUGACAUUAAAUGGGGAGAAUAUUUUCAAAAAUUACAACCAUGUACUUUUCCUGAACGAGUAUAUGCACUAUAAAUGUGAAAAAAAAAACACAACCCUUUUUUAUUUAAGGAGUAACCAAAAAAGGAAAAUAAUCGAAGUGAGGAUAUUCAUAAGGACGCUUUAUAUUUGUAAAAUUGGGGACAAGGCAAAAGAUCUUUCCAAUUUUUUAGGUCUCCAAAAAGUGAUGAAAAUAUUUUUUUGCACAAAAGAAGAAUCCGAAUUGAAAAUUGCCAAUUCGGAAACUAUUGACCUUUCGAGGGAGCUCUACGAGGAUGUAUUAAAAAUGUUGGUCCAGUAUUCCUUCCGAGGGUGUGCCCCGGGAGGGAAGUUGUUCUCAUAUCUGCACCUUGUACAUUAG